AUGAAUUGGCCAGGAUAUCCCACCUAUGAUUGGAAACGUCAAUUCCAGGCGAAAGAUGAGACCGCGUCGAAGAACCCAAUCACCUUAGGGAGGCUUAUACGCCACGUGGGUCGUUCGGUGGAUGCUUUCAUUCAGGAAGCCAGUAGGCACCAUUGUACGUCUCCGCAAUGGAGGUUUGGGCCGGGGGGACUCUCGCGCGACGACAUCACCCUCAUUGGUAUCGUACACGUAUCGGCGGGCAGCAUCAUGCCGAUCCUCCAGAUCAAUCGAUCCAUCGUCGAUCCUUCAUUGCCCCAACAACUCCAAAUCUGA